GGGACCGUAAGUUUAACUCUAUUCUUUUUUCCAGAAACUUUAUUUUCAUUCCAUGCAAUUGACCAAGGUUGUCACCAUUGGCAUAAGUGGACCUUCUUGCUCCGGGAAAACAACAUUAGCGUUGCUCUUAAAAAAGCUUUUAAAUAGAGUUAUUGUUAUUAACCAAGACGAGUAUUUUAAGUCUGACGAUCAAAUUCCGAUUGAUGAAAAUACAGGCUUAGCGAACUGGGACUCACCAGCAGCCAUUGAUUUCAAAAGUUUAAAUGAAGCCAUUGAUAAGGCAAGAAGGGAUCCAUUUGCAUUAUUGACUAAAAAAGAAAAAAAGCUGCAGAAUAAUCAUCAUGGUUCUGACCUGAUGACUAAACAAGAUUUCAAUGACAUUUCCGACCAAUUAAAGUUCCUGGAGGACAUUAUUUUUAUUAUCGUAGAAGGAUUUUUAUUAUUCUGCGAUGAAGACGUGUGUGCUAAUUUAGAUAACAAAUUUUUCGUCACGGCUUCAAGGCAAGUCCUGAAGAAAAGAAGAGAGAGUAGACCAGGAUAUAAAACUUUACAGGGCUAUUGGGUAGAUCCACCAGGUUAUUUCGAUCAAAUUGUGUAUCCACAAUACCUAUUAUGGAACAGUCAUCUGUUAGAUCCCAAGACUAUUGACCCCUCUAUUCAAAUCCUCAAUACAGACAACACAUCCGUAAAAGAAAUGACGACAGUCGUGAUAAAUUCACUUACUCAGAACUAUACAUGAUUCAUCAAUCAUACAACGAUGUUCCUUUUUUUUUAAAAAAAAAAUCAAUUUAAAUCCAUUACAAUAAAUUAAUAAUAAACGAGAGAGAAGACAC